UACACGAAUUAAAUAAAUAAAGCUAUGUAUAAAUAUAUAUUUUACAGCUUUUUGAAAAAUUGUAUGUUUUAAUGAAAACUUCUAUAAACUUCUUCUUUCUCUAGAAUGCUGUUUUAUAUAUUAGUUGUCUUUGAUUGGUAAUUUUUCUUCCCGCUAUCUUUAGGAGCUGCAUGUGAAAGCAAUUACAAAGAUAAACAUUUGAAUUCGAUACAAGAGAGUAUGCUGAUAUAGCCGCUAUGCCCCACUGCUACUUAGUUUUGUACUUUUAGACUUUAGGUGAAUACUUCGCGACUGCUGGACGUUCAAUGUAAAUUACGUCAAUAUUUAUACGAAGCUAGUUGUGUUUUCAUAAGAAAAAAUAUUUUAAAAAGGUAUUUGUACAUUUUUUUAUAAAAUAUCGAAAGAAAACCGAAGAAAAUCAUGUUUGGCACUUGCCAAUUGCUUCUUAUGGAGGGAACACUUCUCCGAUCUGCUGAAUGGCAGUGAAAGUACAACACCAGGAGUUGGCGAACCCGAUUCCCCAAUCGAUGACGGUGGAAUAGAUGUUCCAUUACCCGACCAUGAAGAAAUUCGAAUAGCAAUUACUCGCCUGAAGAACAACAAAGCGGCAGGGGCCGAUAGAUUACCGGCUGAUCUAUUCAAAUACAGCGGCGAAGAACUGAUAAAGUGCAUGCAUCAGCUUCUCUGCAAAAUAUGGUCGGAAGAAAGCGUCCCAGACGAUUGGAAUCUCAGUGUGCUCUGCCCAAUCCAUAAAAUAUCGACUUAAGCCAACCGUCAACAAACUGAUUGGACCUUAUCAGUGUGGCUUUAGACUUGGAAAGUCCACCAUGGACCAGAUAUUAACCAUGCGCCAAAUCUUGGAGAAGACUCGUGAAAAGAGGAUCGAUUCACAACACCUUUUUGUCGAUUUUAAAGCUGCUUUCGACAGCACGAAAAGGAGCUGCCUUUAUGUCGCGAUGUCUGAAUUUGGUAUCCCCGCAAAACUAAUACGGCUGUGUAAGUUGACGUUGAGCAACACCAAAAGCUCCGUCAUGAUUGAGAAGGACCUCUCCGAGCCGUUCGAUACCAAACGAAGUUUCAGACAAAGUGGACUCACUAUCGUGCGACUUCUUUAACUUGAUGUUGGAAAAAAUAAUACGAGCUGCAGAGCUAAAUAGAGAAGGUACAAUCUUCUACAAGAGUGUACAGCUGCUGGCGUACUCCGAUGAUAUUGAUAUCAUCGGAAGCAACAACCGCGCCGUUUGUUCUGCUUUUUCCCGCAUGGAUAAAGAGGCGAAGCGAAUGGGUCUGGAGGUGAAUGAGGACAAGACGAAAUAUCUCCUGUCAUCAAGCAAACAGUCGGCACUCGCGUCUUGGCUCCCACGUCACUGUUGACAGUCAAGUUGUAGAUAAUUUCGUAUACCUGGGAUCCAGUAUCAACUACACCAACAAUGUCAGCCUCGAAAUCCAGCGCAGAAUCACUCUUGCCAACAGGUGCUACUUUGGACUGAGUAGUCAAUUGAACAGUAACGUCCUCUCUCGGCGAACCAAAAUUAAACUCUACAAGUCGCUUAUCAUUCCCGUCCUGCUUUAUGGUGCAGAAGCUUGGACGAUGUCAACAUCAGAUGAGACGACACUAGGAGUUUUCGAGAGGAAAAUUUUGCGCAAGAUUUACGGACCUCAGAACAUUGGCAACGGCGAAUACUGCAGACGAUGGAACGAUGAGCUGUACGAGUUAUACGACGACAUUGACAUAGUUCGUCAUGUUGUCCGAAUGGACGAAAACACUCCAGCCCUGAAAGUGUUCGAUGCAGUACCCGCCGGAGGAAGCCGAGGAAGGGGAAGGCCUCCACUCCGUUAAAGGGACCAGGUGGAGAGCGACCUGGUUACACUUGGAAUCUCCAGCUGGCGCCGAACCGCGAAGGAAAGAGAGGAGUGGCGCGCUCUCAUCGAUUCGGCUAUAACCGGCUAAACGGUUGAACGCCAAUCACAUACAAUUGCUCCCACAGCAAUUCAUUAUAUGCAUCCAAUAUUUGGACGUUUUCAAAUAAAACUUUGGCAGAUGACAAAAAAAAAGUGCAAGGAUAAUGCAUAAACAAACCAUGAACAACCAAAAACUAGAACCAUAGCGAGGAAGAAGUCCUACAUCAUGAACUACUGGACGUGUACAGCUCUUAAUGAAUCUAAAACUUGACCAAUAUCCAAAAUUUUGUUGUGCACAAACCUGAAAAAAGUGACUAUCAUACGCCAAUGAUAUUGAUAUCAAAUGCUAUUGAAAUAUCGAAAUACAUAUCUCCUUGCAUCAAACAUAGAGUCUGCAUUCGCGUCUCGGCUCCCACAUCACUGAUUUUGCAGAAGAUUUAUGGUCUUUUGAACAUUGGCAAUGGCGAAUACCACAGACGAUGGAACGAUGAGCUUUACGACGACAUUGAUAUAUGUAAUUCUGCGAAUAUGUUGUUCGAAUUGACGAAAACAAUCUAGCUUUGAAAGUGUUCGAUGCAGUAUCCGCUGAUGGAAGAAGAGGAAGUGGAAGACCUCCACUCCGUUGGAAAGACUUGGUUUUUUGGUAUUUCCAAUUGGCGCCCAACAGCAAUAUAUAUAUACAUACUAGCAGACCACUCCAAUCUUUGCACGCGUUUAAACAUACAUUUCAAAAGUUAUAAGUUUUUACACACUUAUACACACUCUCCCAUACAUAUGUAUGUACUUUCCCGUUUCUUGCGUGGUUUCAUUUUAAAAAAGUAAAAUGAGGAAAAUUCGAACCAUAAAUUAUAUUGCAAAGAGCUAAAACUUGAUUACGACCUCUAGUCUUUGGUGUCCGUUGUCUUUCACUCUGAUUAUGAAGGCGUUGAAAACGCUCAGGCCUCGACGUCCUAGUGCGAGCUUGUAUAUUCCUAAUAUAAUAUUUUGUUCAGCAAGCAGCUACGAGCGUUCGUUACUUGACUCUCUGGCACGCGAUUGCGAUGCGAAGAGAAUGACUUGCAAGAUGAUUUUCAGUUUCAGAUUAAGAUUCUCCAUCACGGAGUCUUUUUGAUACCUUCACCUGGGAACUAUUUCCAGAAAGUUGGGAUUCUAGCUAUAAAUAUAGCCUAUGUUACCCGGGGUGAAUGUAGCUUUCCAAUGAUGAAAGAAUUUUUGAAAUCGGCACAGUAGUUUUUGAGUUUAUUCAUUACAAACAUACAGUAGGUAGAAAAAGUAAGUUAACAAAGUGAAAUAUAACUUCGAGUUGUAUAAAAUGUUAAUGCUUUUAUUUUUUCAAACAAAUAUUUUUCUUUAUUAAGUCCAUAUUCCACAGUAUAAAAUUAAAGUAUUUUUAAAACAAAAAACAAAUUAAUUGAUUUUAUAAAAUGAAAAUGUAUACACAAACAGUAAAUUUCAUGUAGAAAAAUUAAGUUAUCAAACUAUAUUAUAUCGACAAAACCCAUAAUUUUGAGUUGCUAGUUGAUUAACUGAAAUCUGCAAUUUGGACAUUUGACAUCGCUUUGUUGCAACUUCUCACUAUAUCGAGAAUGACUGGAUUCCAAUAGGCAUUCUACGAUUAUGACAGACACAAAUGAUUCGUGCUUAUAAACGCUCUCAUUCAAAACACUCCUCAAUAAGCUUAUCAGAUAAAGCCUUUAUACGGCUACAAUUUAUAGUGUGUAUGCAGUCAGUUCAAUUUUACUUUCCUUUGUUUACAAUUGCAAUGACUAUUUAAAUAGAGAAGUAAAACGAACGGCAAUAGCUCUUUUUGUAUUUUUGUUUAAUGGGCGAUGUACUGAGCUUAUCAAAGCAUUCCUUAUCAGUUAUUUUUAUUUGUGAAGCAUUCAGAAACUUCGUGUUGAUAGAGGUUCAAUUACCGUCUAGCUAUUGAAUUGUGAAGAUCUAAAGUCCAAUACUGAAAUAAAUUGGUUUCAAAUUUAUAUUUUUCAAAACAAACAUGAAUCAAGUGGGCAGAAUUGGGGUUUUGGGGGGUGGAAAAAUGGCGCUCGCAAUGGUGAAAGGCUUUCUCUCAGCUGGUCUUACAAAAUCAGAGCGUAUAAUUGCCAGCGUACAUCCAGAUGAUAAACAAAGUUUCGUACAAUUUGAGCAAAUAGGCGUGGAGACAGUAGUAAAAAACGAUCCGGUUGUCGAAAAAUCGGAUAUAGUAUUCAUAUCAGUUAAGCCGCAGGUAGUGCCUCUUAUAUUACCUGAAAUUAGACCAUUAAGCAACAACAAGUUGUUUAUCUCAAUAGCUAUGGGCAUAACUUUAAAGAUGUUAGAGAAGCAAUUAUCCCCAAGUGCACGAAUCAUACGUGCGAUGCCUAAUACUCCGGCGCUGGUGAAGGCAGGAUGCUCGGUGUAUGCACGUGGUGCAAAGGCAACCCAAAAUGAUGGCGAGUUAACAAAGACACUUUUAGAAGCGAUCGGCACAUGCGAAGAAGUUUCGGAAAUUUGGUUUGAUCCCAUCACAGCUUUGAGCGGAAGUGGACCAGCUUAUGUAUUUGUCAUGAUUGAGGCACUAGCAGACGGUGCCGUUCGUAUGGGACUGCCGCGUGAUUUGGCAUAUCGACUUGCCGCGCAAACUGUUUUGGGCUCGGGGCAAUUAGUACGUGAUACAAAGGAACAUCCGGGUGUGUUAAAAGACAAUGUAACUAGCCCCGCUGGUUCAACUGCCGCUGCGCUUAAAGUUUUAGAAACGAAAGGUUUUCGUGGAGCAGUUGCCAAUGCAGUUGAGGCAGCAACAUUAAGAUGUCGGGAAAUAUCAGGCAAUUAAUCAUAUUUUGUUAAUUUUAGUUAGAGGAAUAUUUUUUAAAUAUAAAGUAGAGUACAUCCAAAAUAACUAUA